ACGGGAGCUGUCCCCCCCCCUUCUUGAUCGUCCUCUUUCCCUCUCCUCCCUCUUUCCCUCCUUCUGUCUUUCCUCUCACCAUCAUCACCACCCGACUGUCCUCCCAUCGAUUCUUCUCUGUCGACAGCAAAAUCGCCCACGAUGCUUUCCUCGGUCAGACUUGUCACGCGCAGAGCUGCUGUCAGAAGCGCUUUUGCUUCCCCUGGUCGCAGCUUGCUUGCUGUCCGCGCCGCCUCGUUCUGGGCCAACGUCCCUCAAGGUCCUCCUGUAAGUAUCACGGAAGCUUUCAAGGCCGACACCUUCGACAAGAAGAUCAAUCUCGGUGUCGGUGCCUACCGCGAUGACAAGGGCAAGCCUUACGUCCUCCCCUCCGUCCGCAAGGCCGAGGACAAGGUCAUCCACUCCCGCAUGAACAAGGAGUACGCCGGCAUCACUGGUGUCCCCGAGUUCACAAAGGCUGCCGCCGUUCUCGCCUACGGCAAGGACAGCUCCGCCCUGGACCGUCUCGUCAUCACCCAGUCCAUCUCGGGUACCGGUGCCCUCCGCAUUGGUGGUGAAUUCCUCAACCGCUUCUUCCCCGGAGCCAAGAAGAUCUACAUCCCCACCCCUUCGUGGGCCAACCACGGCGCCGUCUUCCGCGACUCCGGUCUCGAGGUCGCCCAGUAUGCCUACUACGACAAGAACACCAUCGGCCUCGACUUUGAGGGUCUGAUCCGCGACCUCAAGGCUGCCCCCAACAGCUCCAUCUUCCUCUUCCACGCCUGCGCCCACAACCCCACCGGUGUCGACCCCACCCCCGAGCAGUGGAAGGAGAUCGAGGCCGUCGUCAAGGACAAGGGCCACUACUCCUUCUUCGACAUGGCCUACCAGGGUUUCGCUUCCGGCGACAUCCACAAGGACGCUUUUGCUGUUCGCUACUUUGUCGAGCAGGGCCACAAUAUCUGCCUUGCCCAGUCCUUCGCCAAGAACAUGGGUCUCUACGGCGAGCGUGUCGGUGCCUUCUCCAUUGUCUGCGCCGACGCCGACGAGAAGAAGCGCGUUGACUCGCAGGUCAAGAUUCUUGUCCGCCCUCUCUACUCCAACCCCCCCAUCCACGGUGCCCGCAUCGCCGCCGAGAUCCUCAACACCCCCGAGCUCUACGAGCAGUGGCUUACCGAGGUCAAAGAGAUGGCCGACCGCAUCAUCAAGAUGCGCGCCCUCCUCAAGGAGAACCUCGAGAAGCUCGGCAGCAAGCACGACUGGAGCCACAUCACCAGCCAGAUCGGCAUGUUCGCCUACACGGGUCUGACCCCCGAGCAGAUGGAGAAGCUGGCCAAGGAGCACAGCGUGUAUGCCACCAAGGACGGCCGUAUCUCGGUCGCUGGUAUCACUAGCGAGAACGUUGGCCGUCUCGCCGAGGCCAUCUUCAAGGUCAAGGGUUAGAUGUGUUGACGAACAAAAAAGUUUUAGACUUGCAAAAAAAAAGUUAUAAAAGGCAGUUUGGAGUUGGUUGGUUGGUUGUGGCGGGACUUAAUGAUGGUUUCUUUUUUUUUUUUUUCUGUUUUCUUGAAUGGUACACAAAAAGGGGGCGGUUUUGGCUUUUCACGUAGCUUGUAUGAUGAAUAAUGGUACAUGACGAAUUCAGAAGUCUAUGGAGCAGUUCCCUUGUACAUGAUUUUGCAUUGUGGACUUGAGGCGUUUGGAU